GCAUUCAAUCAGUGAGUUGGGGUGAAGGCAAGACCAACUUUAUGGUAGACUUGAUUCCGGAAAGACUUGACUCAGUUUGUACCCCACCAAAUAAAAGCCCAAUAGAAUGGUAUAGCGCCCAAAGAAGCGACUUUCAGGUUCCCAAGGAACAUGGAGACCAGUCAUCGUUGGAGUUUCCUCAGCUUCAGCUUCAGCUUCAAUUUAAUUAGCUUCAUUAUUCUCCUCUCCCUGUCAUUCAUCUUUGCCUCCUACGCCUCUCUCCUCUCCAACCCACCCCUUCUCGGAAUCCACCCUCUCGAUGAGAAGUAUUAUCAGUCAGACGUGAUCAAGUGCAAGGACGGAUCAAAAUCCUUCACCAGAGACCGUGUCAAUGACGAUUUCUGUGACUGCGUUGACGGGACUGACGAGCCCGGAACUUCAGCCUGUCCGGCAGGGAAAUUUUAUUGUAGAAAUGUGGGAAGUACACCUCAGUUUAUAUUUUCUUCUCGCGUUAAUGAUCGAUUUUGUGAUUGCUGUGAUGGAAGUGAUGAAUAUGAUGGUAGGAUCAGUUGUCCCAAGACAUGCAUCAUCGGUGGGAAUAUUGACUACAAGAUUGGCAGUCAUGUCUCAACUGUUCAUGAUCCGGGCUUUAUUGAUGCAAAAGAAACCAAAAAUAGAGCUAAUUUGGAGGACUUGAUUCAAAAGCUUAAAGGCCUGAAGGCAAUAAUAAUCCUACAGGUGAUUCUUGUUGGUGGUGUUGUGUUUUACGUUUACCGGAUAUUCAAUCGUGGUGCAAGAUCUUAAAGAAGACGUUAUCGUUGAAGAAAUCCACCAACCAAAAUGCAGCUGACUGAUUUAUUUUGGCCUGUCGAGCUACAGACUUGAUUUCAAAGUCUGUUGCAUCAGUACGAGUAUUUGCUGCUGGGCAAGGAACCAAAUAGUGCACAAAUAUUUGGAAGAUAUGAAAAGCUUUAACACAAAGGCAACGGAACUGAUUUUGAGCUCCCUAUCAUGGAUAGUCUACACAAAGUAUGACAAAAAGAAUUGCUUUCUCACUUCGAAAACGAUAGUAGUACAGAAGGAAUUUGGUUAUACUUGUUUCCCUCUAAAACUAACAUUUCUUACCACUGAAAUAAGGUGUGAACUUAGCUUGGGACUGCAUGCAUAUCCCUUGUAUUUGAUCUUCUGUAUAGAGGCUCUAAUCCCCCACUGAAAUAAGUAUGCAAUUGAAAUGAUUUCAAAGGCU